AUGGAGGAAAAACUAGAGAAGGAGCAGGUGGCAGGUGGGAAGGGGCCACACCUACUAACCCCUCAGCAUGAUGCAGUCCCCUGCCCACGAGACCGGGGCACUGGGGGGCAGAGCCCAGAAUCCCAAGUGGCUGGAGCGCUGGGGGACACCCAGACAGAGCCCUCGCUGGACCAGGUCCUCCGGGAGCGGGAUGAAGCCAUUGCCAAGAAGCGGGCAGUGGAGGCUGAGCUGGACAUAUUCAAAGCCAAGUUGCGAGCUGUGGAGGCCCAGCUGCUGGAAGUUCUGGAGGAGAAGCUGAGACUGAAGCAGGAGGUGGAGGCCUGGGAGGAUGACAUGCAGUGGAUGGUGAGUCAGCAGGUCGAGAGUCAGCUGCAGAGAGAGUCCAGGGGCGCUCUGGGAGCCCCCACGGACCCUGGAACUGCCAGGACCCCCUGGGUCAGAUUCCCCCUGAGAUGGUGGGGACGUUGGCGGUGAGAGAGCUCAGCCCAAGACCUUGGGAGGAGUAACUUUAUUCAUUAAAGUUUAAGG